AUGAACCCUGUUGCCCAGCAGCAUGCAGAAGUAGCUCUUGAGACCCAUGACAGCGUCAGAAAGAAAGACCAAGUGCUGAAGGAGUUCAAGAUCUAUAGAUGGAGCCCUGACCAUCCCAACAACAAGCCCUACCUUCACUCAUACUUUGUGGACCUCUCCAACUGCGGUCCUAUGGUUUUGGAUGCAUUGCAGAAGAUAAAAGCAGAGGAUGAUUCAAGCUUUAGUUAUAGGAGGUCUUGCAGGGAAGGGAUAUGUGGGUCAUGCUCCAUGAACAUUGAUGGGACAAAUACUGUGGCCUGCCUCAGGCCCAUAGAUGCAGACACUUCCAAACCCACUACUAUAACCCCUCUGCCUCACAUGUUUGUGAUCAAAGAUCUGGUUGUUGACCUCACCAAUUUCUACCAGCAGCUAGUUAUGCAAAUUCAUCGAAAAGUGCUAAUGGAAAGAUAG